AUGGUUCUUGCUCCAAAACUCAAGGCUAAUGAUGGACAGUUGUUAGGUGAUGUUCAUCUUUAUCGCAGUGUUAUGGGAGGCUUACAGUAUGUAUGUUUAACAAGACCUGACAUAGCCUAUGCUGUUAACAAGGUUAGUCAGUACAUGAACAGUCCAUGUGAUACACAUUGGAGGGCAGUGAAACACAUAUUGAGAUACCUCAGUGGGACACUUGAGUAUGGGUUAUUUUUCUCACAAACUGACAGUUUCAGCCUAGUCUACUACACUGAUGCAGACUGGGCAGCUUCGAUAAUAGACAGAAGGUCCACAACAGGUUAUUGUGUGUAUCUUGGAGGUAAUCCAAUUGCUUGGUGCUCUAAGAAACAAAGUGUUGUCUCUAGGUCCACAUCAGAGGCAGAGUAUAGAAGCCUUGCUAACUCUGUUUUUGAGUUGAUUUGGAUUGAACAAUUACUUGAUGAAAUUGUUGUUAGUAUAACUGGAAAGACAAUUGUGUGGUGUGAUAACACCUCUGCAAUUUCUAUGGCAGCAAAUCCUACACAUUAUGCUCGGAUAAAGCAUGUGAAAAUUGAUAUUCACUUUGUGAGAGAAAGGGUUUUGGCUGAACAACUUAGUGUAAAUUUUGUUCCCUCUACAGAACAGGUGGCUAACAUACUCACCAAGCCAUUAUCACCUGUAGUAUUUAGUGAUAUGUGCUCACAUCUUGGUGUCAAGUCUUGGGUAGAAAUCAACAGUAGCUAG